CGCAGUGCAGUUGACGUUUUUCAAGACCGCCUUGAUGCGGUGAGGUUGCGAUGUUGACAAGCCGACACUCUACUUUCAAUGAGCUCGCCGAAGGACAAACCAAUGAGCGGCGAAUCUUGUAUGAUUUGAGGGAAAUGCGCCGCAACGUGAACGGAGCGCAGUCGACGUCACGAAAGUGAAAGGCUAACAUGCUUUUGAUAGACUGCUAGCUACCCACGAACGAACGUUAGCAUGACAACACGACCGAGGGGAGACCGGCUCUUUGAAAAGGUCAAAUAAGUGAGCACGAUGAUCGCAUCAUGAUCCACGCUGAUGGCUUCUCCAAGUACGAUGCGAGCGCGCAACCGGGAGGCAAUAGGAGACCCCCAGCAGAGAUGUUGCAUCUGCUCUCUGCAAUCAUUGUUUGGCUUGUGACCGGCACCACCAUCUCCAGCCUCAACAAAUGGAUCUUUGCCGUGUACAACUUCAGGUACCCCCUGCUGUUGUCCGCUCUGCACAUGCUGACAGCCAUCGUGGUGGACUACGGCUUGAUGAAACUGCGAGUGAUCAGCCACACAGGGGCGGUGGAGCAAGAGUUGACCCCUGGGGCUAAGUGUAAAGUCUUCUUGCUGAGUCUUACGUUUUGCGCCAGCAUCGCCUUCGGCAACAUGGGUCUGAACUAUGUGCAACUGUCCUUCGCUCAAAUGAUCUACACCACCACUCCACUCUUCACUCUGGCGAUCUCCACGCUGAUCCUGGGCAAGCAGCAUCACAUCCUCAAGUACACGGCCAUGAUGCCCAUCUGCCUGGGGGCCUCUUUUAGUAUCAUGGGGGAGGUCCAGUAUGACCAGACGGGCUGCUUGUUUGUCAUCGCCGCCACCAUGUUUAGGGGCGUCAAGUCCAUUCAACAGAGCAUUCUCCUCCAGGAGGAGAAGAUCAACUCGGUGUUCCUGCUUUACCUGAUGUCCAUCCCCAGCUUCCUCAUCCUGGCCGUGGCAGCGCUGGCGCUGGAGAACUGGGCCCUACUGGAGUCGCCGCUGCACUACGACCGGCGCCUGUGGGUCUUUAUCCUGCUCAGCUGCCUCGGUUCGGUCUUGUACAACCUGGCCAGCAGCUGCGUCAUCACGCUCACGUCGGCCGUCACCCUCCACAUCCUGGGCAACCUGAGCGUGGUGGGCAACCUCCUGCUCUCCCAGCUGCUCUUCGGCAACGAGCUGUCCUCGCUGAGCUGCGCUGGCAUCGCCCUCACUCUGUCGGGCAUGCUCAUCUAUCAGAACUCCGAGUUCAUCGUCAGCUACAUGGACACGCGCAGAGUCAAAAUGGCGGAUUCACCAGGUGAGAACAACACGGAUGCCACCGACAUGAGGUAUCGCCGGCAAAGAACAGAGCAGGAUAAAGAGCACAAGACAGACUGAACUGCAGGGAGUUCUGGUUGAAGUGGAACUCGAGUCAAUAAAAAAAAUAUUGACAAAAAUAUGUUCCAUGCACCUCACUAGUCUCAACUCGGCAUUCUGAUUAAACUUGCUAGUGCAAUAUGGAUAGAGCAGCAAAAUCCACCUGUUUUUUUUUCUUUUU